UGUGACACAGAGUGUUUCCGCCAUGCGUGUUUCCAGCUGAAGUAGCGUGAUGACAUUCAUCGGUGCUUUUUGGUUAAAAUAGUUCAUAAAACGUUAAAGUUUCGGGUUACAGACGUGUCUAGUAGUCUGCAGCGGUAACGGUGGAGUUCUCCUCAAACUGUGGACAUUUCUAUCAAACAGUGUGGUUAAACGCGUCACGCUGAGCCGUCAUGGAGGGUUUGGAGGAGAAGCUGAAAGGUCUGUCCAUCGCUCGGCGGUCUCGCCCAGAGGAGCCCACCUACCUGCUGGACGUGGCUCUGCAGCCGGCCGGCCUGCUCGCCGUGUCCUGCUCCAACUACACCAUCCACCUCCACAACAAGGACACUCUGAGCCUGGUGGGGGCGUUCCGGGGCCACAGCGGGCCGCUCUGUGGCGUCGUUUUCUCCCACACCUCUCCUGACUUCCUGUACUCUGGCUCUGCUGACGGGACGGUGCGUGGGUGGGACGUCCGCCGCCCCGGCACUGAUGCAGCCCAGGUGUUUAAAAGCGACCCGUCACACAACUACUGCAGCUUCGACUUGAGCUGCGGCGACGCGCUCCUGUGUGCCGGCACCGAGCAGGUCAACGACGAAGACAGCUUCUUGGUUUUCUGGGACGUCAGGAAGCCGGGCAGUGGGCUCCUCGGGGUGUACUCUGAGUCGCACAGCGAUGACAUCACACAGGUGUGUUUCCACCCUCGGGAGAAAGACCGCCUGGCGUCCAGCUCCACAGACGGCCUUGUGAAUGUGUUUGACCUGAGCCGGGGAGCGGAGGAUGAGGCGCUGCUCGCCACCUGUAACAGCGACUCGUCAGCCGGUUCGGUGUGUUGGUGCGGAGCCGACUACACCCAGCUGCUGUGCCUCAGCCACGACGAGGGGCUGCACCUGUGGGAUGUGGGUCAGCUGGACACCGACGAGCCCCUCACCGUUUUCAGCACCUCUGACGCUCGCAGCCUCGCCAUGCUGGCUGAUGGCGGGGGCGUGGAUUACCUGGUGGGGGGCAGGUGGCUGGAGGAGGCCCAGAAGCUGCUGGUGGUCGGAGGCAGGAACGGCGGCGACCUCCACCUGAUGGAGUGCGACGACGGCGGGCUCCGUCUGCUGAGGACCCUUGAGGGCGGCCACUCCUCCACGGUGCGCUGCUUCCUGUGGGACGCGGCGUCGGAGGCUCUGGUCACCGGGGGAGAGGAUGCUCAGCUGUUGCUAUGGAAACCAGGAGGGGAGGAGCUCACGGCAGGGAAAAGGGAGUCCACGAAGAGCCAAUCGGCUUUGAGACUCAAAUCCAGACCGCAUAAAAAACACGGCUACAAGAAAGAGAAGAAGGAAGCGUAGCCAAGAAGUCAAAAUACUGAAUUUACUGACUGGACUCUGGUGGACGCUCACGUCUUUCUGUGAGAGAAAACGUGUUUCAGUGUGACCUCCAGCUGCUCCUGCAGACUCGCAGGUCAAAGGUCGCCUUUGUUCAACUUAGACCGGGCAGAUGUGUUCGUUCGGCCAAUAGAAACACUGCUGCUGUGUGUGUGAUGGAAAUAGAGAAAUUAUUAGUAUGGUGUGUUUUCUCACUAUAUUUAGUACAUUAUAUUUACCGUCUGUGAUUUCUCUGAUCAAUAUUUAUUUAUUACCCGCAUCAGAAACGUGACGAUCACAUAAAAAUUACAUUGAAUAAUAACCUAUAAAUAACAACACCUCCAAAUGUUUCCCCAUUCUUUUAGUGUAAAACAUUCACAAUUAAUGAACAAUCCAUUUACAGACCAGAUGAUGAACAGCCUGAGACGUCUCGCUGAUCUCUCCUCAAACCUGCCGAUUCAUUUAUCUUCUCUAUUCUCACUUUUUCUGGCAAGUUCUUGUAUUUUUCGCCACGAUGAAUCUCAUAAUGGGGCCGAAUCUUAUAUUCCUUGAGCACUGAAAGAUGCUGUGAACACAUUAAACACACAUUUACCUCUGUGAAGAAAUAGAACUGGUCCACUCUGUGUCCACUUUUAGCUUUUUUUGGAAAAUAUAUUUUCCACCCGCGUCUCCUGAAUGAAUCGUAGCCUACUUAGCCUAAGUAAAGAACUGAGUACUUCUUCCACCACCACUUUAAGUACAGUACUUGAGUAAAUGUAUUUAGUUACAUUCCACCGCUGUAUAGAAGGGUGAGUUGCCGUAAAGUGGGACACCUAUAAGCUCCAGUAGGUCUCCCUCAGACAAAUAAAAGUCAAUAAAACUAUUGAUAUUUAAUGUCUUUCUAAUAUGC